GCGCCCCGCAGGCCAGGCAGCCGGUCCCUCCGCGAGGCCUUGUCUCAGUGGCGGGGCGGAACGGCGCGGGCGUUGGGCGCGAGUUUGGCGGCCGCUCCGCCGGACUGCGCCUCCCAGGGAAGGCCGGGCCAGCGGAAGGUCCCGGUGCCGCCCUCGAGAGGACGGGGCCGGCGGCCGCACACGCGCGUUCCUUUCCUUGGGCCGCACGGUUUUGGGGGAAAUAUGAGUUAGUGGCUACCGUUGAGAGACUGAGCUCAAGGACGGGGUUUCCCAGCUUGCGUGGGAAAGCCUGACCUGGCGGCGUCGGGCCGCAGUCCCGCGUUUUCGCAGCCCCUGGAGCUGCCGCCUUCAGUUGUAGAUGGACAGAAUGCCCUUAUUUUAUUUGUGUAUUUUUAUGUGGUGCUGAGGAUCAAACCCAGUGCCUCAUACGUGCUAGGCAAGCACUCUACCACUGAGCUACAGCCCCAGCCCUUUCGCUUUUGUGGCCACUGGGCAGUGGCCCCAUCAUGUCUGGGCCCCAGACUCCUGAACACACACUGGAUGUCCACGGUGACUCAUCCCUAUGCAGGAAGGAUGAGGACAUCAGGGAAGGGACCCAGAGCUCCCACCGCAUGCUGGGUUUCAGUGACGCACUACUGUCCAUCAUCGCCACAGUCAUGAUCCUUCCUGUGACCCACACGGAGAUCUCCCCAGAGCAGCAAUUUGACAAAAGUAUACAGAGACUUCUAGCAACCAGGAUUGCUGUCUACCUGAUGACAUUUCUAAUUGUGACUGUGGCCUGGGCCGCACAUACCAGAUUAUUUCAGGUUGUUGGGAAAAUAGACGAUACACUUGCCUUGCUCAACCUGGCCUGCAUGAUGACCAUCACCCUUCUGCCAUACACAUUUUCCUUAAUGGUGACGUUCCCUGAUGUGCCACUGGGCAUCUUCCUGUUUUGUGUGUGUGUGAUCGCCAUUGGAGUUGUGCAGGCACUGAUUGUGGGGUAUGCUUUCCACUUCCCACACCUGCUGAGCCCGCAGAUCCGGUGCUCCGCCCACAGGGCCCUGUCCCGAAGGCACAUCCUGCACCUUGUCCUCCGUGGUCCAGUGCUGUGCUUUCUUGCGGCCAUCUUCUCCCUCUUCUUCUUCCCUGUGUCAUACCUGCUGAUGGUGACCGUCAUCUUCCUGCCCUACAUCAGCAAGGCCACCAGUUGGUGCAAAGACAGGCUUGUGGGUCACAGGGACCCCCCGGCCCACAAUGCAGAGGUCUUCAGCUUCGACCUGCAUGAGCCCCUCAGUAAGGAACGGGUGGAAGCCUUCAGUGACGGUGUCUACGCCAUUGUGGCCACGCUCCUCAUCCUGGACAUCUGCGAGGACAACGUCCCAGACCCCAAGGCCGUGAAGGAACAGUUCCGCGGGAGCCUCGUGGCAGCCCUGGGCGCCUAUGGGCCACACUUCCUGGCAUACUUCGGCUCCUUUGCCACAGUGGGUCUGCUCUGGUUUGCACACCACUCGCUCUUCCUGCACGUCCGCAAGGCCACACAGGCCAUGGGUCUGCUCAACACCCUCUCCCUGGCCUUUGUGGGUGGCCUCCCUCUGGCCUACCAGCAGACUGCAGCCUUCGCCAGGCAGCCACGAGAUGAGCUGGAGCGUGUGCGCCUCAGCUGUGCCAUUGUCUUCUUCGCCAGCAUCUUCCAGUUUGCCAUCUGGACUGCGGCCCUGCUGCGCCAGGCGGAGACGCUGCAGCCAGCUGUGCGAUUUGGUGGGCAGGAGCAUGCCUUCAUGUUUGCCAAGCUUGCGCUAUACCCCUGUGCCAGCCUGCUGGCCUUUGCAGCCACCUGCCUGCUGAGCAGAUUCAGCACAGCCAUCUUCCACGUCAUGCAGAUUGCAGUGCCCUUCGCCUUUCUGCUACUGCGCCUCCUCGUGCGCCUGGCUCUGGCCAGCCUACGUGGCCUACGCCACCUGCGGCCAGCACAACCCCUCCGGAGCCAGGCCCCAGAGGAGGCCCAGUCCCAGCUCCUGCCUUCCUCCUGCUAGUGGAAGCUAUGCCUGCCCGGGAAGGAAGCCUUGGGGGUUGGGCCAGCAGGCCCCAUGGAGCUACAGUCUGGGUUUUGCCUCCAUUGUGAAAUAUCAAGAUCUGUUUCAGAGUA